AUGGCCCGCAUCAUUGACCUGGUACCCUGGGACGAUGGCUCCACCCAUGUGUACGCAUCCCCGGCCAUCCUGCUGCCCAUGGAGCGGCAGCGCCAGCCGCUGGCCGGGGUGAAGCAGCAGCUCUACCACCCGGCCCUGCCCACGCUGCGCCGCAUGGACAUGGACACGGUCAGGGCCUGCCUCCCAGACGAGCACUGCCAGUCCUCCACCUACUGCCGCAAAGAUGAGUUUGACAACGCCCACUUCACACUGCUGGGGGUCCCCAACAAACCCCUGCAGUGCUUGGACAUCACGGCCACCGGCCACAAGAUCCACGACAGGUGCCGGGAGGGAAAGCUGGCGCCCAUCGCGCCGGGCAUCAACCGGGUGGACUGGCCCUGCUUCACCCGCGCCAUCGAGGACUGGUCCCGUUUCGUGUCCUCGGCAGGAGAGUUCAGGCUGCCAUGCCUCAACAAGAGAGUGGAAGGGUUCAGCGGCUACGCGGUGCGGUACCUGAAGCCGGAAAUGACCCAAAACUGGCGGGCUGUGGGGGGGGGGGCCGAGGGCAGGGGUCCGUGCCCGCACCCCCUCCCCCAGCUCACCGCCCCCCAUCCCUGUGGCCCGCCCCAGUAUUGCCUCAACCAGAACCCCAGCCUGGACCGCUACGGACAGAAGCCCCUGCCUUUCGACUCCCUCAACGCCUUCCGACGCUUCGGCUCCCACUACAGUCGUGUCAACUAUCUGACCCCCUGGCAUUGA